GCGCGCGCUUCCCGGAUGAUGUAUGAGUACAGCCGGCGCGCGGCAAUGGGGUUCAGCGCGCGUCAGGCUCUCCGCUUCCUUCUUCUGCUGCUGCCGCCUGUGUCCGGGGCCGCGGGUGCGGGUCUGGCUGCGCUGCCGCUAGUCGUCAACACCUGGGCAUUUAGGAAAGCAACGGAAACAGCAUGGUAUACCUUACAGUCAGGAGGCUCUGAGCUGGAUGCAGUAGAGAGAGGCUGCGGUCAGUGUGAGACUGAUCAGUGUGAUGGAAGUGUGGGGUUUGGAGGAAGUCCAGAUGAACAUGGAGAAACAACAUUGGAUGCCAUGAUUAUGGAUGGCAACACCAUGGAAGUUGGGGCAGUAGCAGAUCUCAGACGUAUAAAAAAUGCUAUUGGUGUAGCACGGAAAGUGAUUAAGCAUACUAAGCACACAUUAUUAGUGGGGGAGUCAGCCUCACUGUUUGCAGAAAGCAUGGGAUUUCCCUGUGAAGAUUUAACCACUCAGAAUUCUCUUUCAAUAUAUUUAAAGUGGCUUAAUCAAAACUGUCAGCCAAACUACUGGAAGAAUGUAAUACCAGAUGCUUCAAAAUCCUGUGGACCAUACAAACAGGCUAAACAAUUAAAUAGUGAAGAAUGGAUCAACUCACAGAAAAGAAUAAAUAUUCAUAAUCAUGAUACAAUUGGCAUGAUUGUAAUUGGUGGUUCCGGAAAUGUUGCAGUGGGGACAUCUACAAAUGGUGCAGUCCACAAAAUCCAGGGUCGUGUAGGGGACUCGCCAAUAGCUGGAGCUGGAGCCUAUGCUGAUAGUACAACUGGAGGAGCGGCAGCCACCGGAGAUGGUGAUAUCAUGAUGCGCUUUUUGCCCAGCUAUCAAGCAGUGGAAUAUAUGAGGACAGGAACAGAUCCAACUACAGCUUGCCAGAAAGUUAUUUCCAGGAUCCAGAAGUAUGUUCCAUACUUCUUUGGUGCUGUUAUCUGUGCCAACACAACUGGAAGUUAUGGUGCUGCCUGCAAUAAAGUUCCAGGAUUCACUCAGUUUCACUUCAUGGUUUAUAGUCCUUUGCUAAAUGAGCCAUCGGAGCAAGUAGUAGACUGUAUUUAAUUUUUUCUGUACCAUCUGCAUUUACAGUUAAAUAUGAAGGAGGAAAAGAAGGCUGAAAAGGCUCACUGACUGCCAUUUUACAAAGUGUUUGCAGUUUUCUUUUGCACAGAUAUUUGAGGAAGAGUAAUGUAUGUGGAGAUAGCACAUAUCUCACUCUUUUUUUAAAUGUAUUUUGUUUUAUUACCAUGUCACCAAUAUGUUAGUAAACUUGAUUUGUAGUUUCACAAGAUAGCAAACUAAUUUAUUAAUCUGGCAGGUUAUUUCUAAAUUCUGGUGGGCAAGUUGGCUUCGUCUACAGGAUGAACAAAUUUUUUUUUUUUUUUUUUUUUUUAGAUACUGUGUAGAGAUCCAAAAUAUCUACUAAUGAUAAAGUGGGAUUUCAAAAUACUCUGCUGGUAUAUGUUGAUGACUAUAGUUUAAAAUGGGAAAUGCCUUUUGGAACCAGUCUCAAAAACAGAUGAAAGUUUGUAUGACUGUUGUACCAAGAAGAACUGGAGAACAAUUUCUCCAUGACUGCAUGGAGAAGCAAAAGCUUCUGCUUUUGUGGUGAUGCUUCAUUGUUCCAUGAUGUUCAGUCACAGUGAUGCAGUAUUACAUUGCAAAUGUUAUCCUGCAGUGUCAGGAAAUUACUCUAUUUUGUGGCUUUUUGUGACUCAGGUACAUUAUAUCUUCACUCCCUCCUUUCUUCUUCUUUUAUUUGUGGGAACAAAUGGAGAUGUUUCUUACUCCCCUUCCAAUCCCAAAGUGUUGGGUAGGAUCCCAGCAACUGACUCAUUUUCCGAAGAUGGUUUCCAUACUGUGCUUCCCUUUUCACUUCGCAUGUUGUGUUCUGUCAGUGUGGGCAGUGCUUCUGUGAUCGGCACUCCAUUGGUGCCUAAGCUCAGGUAAAGCAUCCAUCAGAUGUACAGAUUCCGAGCCCACAGGAGAACUGUGGCUGGAAUAAGGCUGAUUUUUCUGUAUUAAAUCUUUCACUGGCCAUAAUUUAUUUUUGUAAAUCUCUUCAUUUUAACAGACCUUUUUGGCAACUGAACCCCAGAUUAAUAAAUUAGAGGUGAUAAGUAACAGCAUGGAUUUGUCAAGAAUAAAUCAUAUCAAACCAACCUGAUAGCUUUCUUUGACAGAGUAACAAGCCUUGUGGAUGGGGGGAAGUAGUAGAUGUGCUAUGUCUUGACUUUAGUAAGGUUUUUGUUACUGUCUCGCAUGACCUUCUCAUAAACAAACUAGGGAAAUACAACCUAGAUGGAGCUACUGUAAGGUGGGUGCAUAACUGGUUGGAAAAUUGUUCCCAGAGAGUAAUCAUCAGUGGUUCACAAUCAUGCUGGAAGGGCAUAACGAGUGGGGUCCCACAGGUAUCGGUUCUGGGUCCGGUUCUGUUCAAUAACUUCAUCAGUUAUUUAGAUAAUGGCAUAGAGAGUACACUUAUAAAGUUUGCGGAUGAUACGAAGCUGGGAGGGGUUGCAGGUGCUUUGGAGGAGAGGAUUAAAAUUCAAAAUGAUCUGGACAAACCAGAGAAAUGGUCUGAAGUAAAUAGGAUGAAAUUCAAUAUGCAAAGUACUCCACUUAGGAAGGAAAUAUCAGUUGCACACACACAAAAUGGGAAAUGACUGCCUAGGAAGGAGUACGGUGGAAAGGGAUCUGGGGGUCAUAGUGGAUCACAAGCUAAAUGAGUCAACAGUGUAACACUAUUGCAAAAAAAGCAUAUAUCAUUCUGGGAUGUAUUAGCAAGAGUAUUGUAAGCAAGACAAGAGCUCUACUUCGCGCUGAUUAGGCCUCAACUGGAAAAUUCUGGGCACCACAUUUUAGGAAAGAUGCGGACAAAUUGGAGAGAAUCCAGAGAAGAGCAACAAAACUUAUUAAAGGUCUAGAAAACAUGACCUAUGAGGGAAGAUUGAAAACAUUGGGUUUGUUUAGUCCUGGAGAAGAGAAGACUGAGGGGGGACAGAAUAACAGUUUUCCAGUACAUAAAAGGUUGUAACAAGGAGGAGGGAGAAAAAUUGUUCUUCUUAACCUCUGAGGAUAGGACAAGAAGCAAUGGGCUUAAAUUGUAGCACGGGCGGUUUAGGUUGGACAUUACGAAAAACUUCCUAACUGUCAGGGUAGUUAAGCACUGGACUAAAUUGCCUAGGGAGGUUGUGGAAUCUCCAUCACUGGGGAUUUUUAAGAGCAGGUUGGACAAACACCUGUCUGGGACUGUCUAGAUAAUACUUAGUCCUGCCUUCAGUGCAGGGGACUGAACUAGAUGACUUCUCGAGGUCCUUUCCAAUUCUGAUUCUAUGAAAUUCUUGGAACUGUCCUUCUGAUGCCUCUGUAUGGAAAUACAGUACUUUCUCCCAUGUUUCCUCACUAGUCUUUAUGUAAAAACUUAUACUGAUAGGUCACUUGUCUGUGGUCUUUGGAUGUAGACAGUACUGCUUGAGAUGUAUAGAUUUGUUUUCUUUCUUUAAUUUACUAAUCAUCAGUAAUCUGUCACAAUUUAGGAUGCACUACAAUAAUACUUAUAAAAAUACUUCUCUUUAUACUGGCAACAAAAUUUUAGCUUGGGGUUUUUCAGCUGCUAUUUAUUUGUUCAGUAGUGUAAUAAACUGUACUGUUUUCUGUAAACUUUUCCUAGCCACAAGGUGGCUGCCAUUUCAAAUAUAUCACUCCCUUAGUAACUUGUUACUUUUCUUGUGGUUACUUCAAUUUUUUAUAAAUCAGUUUCUUCUCCCUGCUUUCUCAGGUUGUGAUAAUACCUUUACCCAUAGAUGGCGCUCAACUACGCCCAUUUGCACAAAGUUUUAAAUAUUUGUUGGUUCUUGCAGCAUCAGUUUUCUCCAUUUAAUUAGAAUUUUCGUAUCCUCAGCCUGCCACUUUGUAUUGAAAAUUGAAUUAUGAAGUUCAGUCAGUUCUCUCUGCAGGAUGCUUAGUAAAGGGAAAUGCUUCCUUUGUCCUUGUUCUGCUCUCUGCAUUCCCUGCCCCCCACCCCUCCUCCAUACACACACCCUUUGUAGGUUACACCUCUAAAGGAGCAAUUGCAUGUAUACAAUGGAAUUUAUCUUUAGGGAACAAAAUUAUUUGAGUGCCUAGCACCCUGAGAAAGUGCUAUUUCUCAUUUCUUCUCCUACUACUUCUCAUUUGCAGAUACCAAGUCUUAUUUAUAAUGUACUGCCACAUACUGUGGUUCUUUCCAUAGAUUUUUGAAGAUCGGUUUUAAAGGAUUUUUGAUCUUCCUUCUAACUUGGCAGGCUUGCUGAUCAAUUUAUUAAAUCAAGAGCUUGAGAUUGAUAAGGAAAUGUAAAAGGGAAAAAAGUUAAAAUGACCAUAUCAUACCAUAAAUAUUUUAAUCAGCUCUGUUUACUUGAGUAAAACCACUGGGUAAUGCAAGCUUACUUUAAUGUAUCUUAAUUAGUUUUUUGGAGUCCUUGUAUACUCUGCAUUAAAAUGGUCGUUGCCUUA